AGAAACUGAGGGUGCAACUGGUGGUUUUAGCAUUUUGUUUAAUUUCAAUGACAAGGAUGUCCGCUUCCAAACCAAAGAUGGUAAGCUUAUCUCACCUCGCCUUGAGUGUCAGUCAGAUGAGGUGUACGAUACUUAUGAGAAAAUAUGUCGUAAGAUUCGUUGUCAGGAAGGUAAAGAGGCUAUCAAUGGCACUUGUCUUAUCAGUGGAGUGGUGUUUGCUGACAGCCAAAACCAACUCUUCCCAAACGGCACAUUACAUUUCCUGGCUAGCAUGUAUGUUCUCACAGAACUCCCACUGCAGAUCAACAACGUAAUGACUCUGUUUGGUCUAAAAGAUUUGCAUGAAUUACAUGCACACAUUGAAAUACUUAAUGUUUCAUCACUACCUAGUGACAUUUCUUUUCACAGUGUAGAAUGGGAAUCUAGUCAGGAUUUGAAACAAAUGGUUAGGAUUUAUAUUGAAAAUGGUAGAUCCCUGGAACACUUGUUAUCAAUAAUGGCCCAAAAGAUCCUCAGAAAGUCGGAUCUUGUGAUCGUGGAUAUCAUUCUUCAGAAUUAUUAUUUAGAAAGUGACCUAUUAUGUUCAUAUGGGGAAGUUAUGCAAGUGAUGAACGUCACUUUAGAAACUUUAAAUGGGACACUCUACGCCACAGACUCAUAUAGAUAUUACACAUUAGAUUCUGUUGCAUUCGUACUUGGCUUGAAAAAUGAACCUCCCGACCUACAUAAGAUAUUUGUGUGUAGAAGUCCUCUAAAUUGUGAUCCAGCUGUUUACAAUCUAACCGAUUUCAUACAAGAGGAAGGGAAUCUUAGAAACUUACAUUCAGGUGUGAUUCUGACAAAUACUUCUUUCUUCAUAGUGGGAGAGGAAGUGCUGACUUGUCAUAACUUUACUCAGUCUGAACCUGAGAGACACUCACCAAUUUUCUUCAAAUACGAUCACAUACAGGGUAUUCUGACCUAUGUGACGUCUGGUGUUUCCCUGGUUAGCCUACUGAUCACACUGGUCGUGUAUUCACUGCUGCCUCAAUUGAGGAAUUUACCUGGUCGUCUAACCAUGUCUUUGUCUGCCUCCCUUCUGGUUGCCCAAACCCUUCUUCUCCUCAUUCAACUGCCCACUGGAGUCCUGUGUCAGGCACUUGCCAUCGCUAUGCACUUCUCUUGGCUCUGUUCCUUCAUGUGGAUGACAGUCAUGUCAGUAACACUGGCUCGUACAUUCACAAACAAGGGCGUCAACGCCUUGAACCAGAAUACGGCAAAGGCGCAUGGCUUCCUUAGCCUCUGUGCCAAUGGAAUCCCUCUGUGUAUUGUCACCACAUCGGCUCUUCUAGAUUUCAUGGAGGUUCCCAAUAUUUACAUUGGCUAUGGAGCACAUGGCAUAUGCUGGAUCGCUAAUCCUCGCGCGUCUCUCCUGGUGUUUGGUGUACCUCUGGCAUUGAUGCUACUUGUUAACAUUAUUGCCUUUACCAUGACGCUCUGUAAUAUAGAGAAAAGUCUGAAAUUGUCCCAAAAUAUCACAUCCUCAAAGAAGGACAAAGCCAAGGUGAUCAUCUAUGGCAAGUUAUUUGUCAUCAUGGGUGUGUCUUGGUGUUUCAGUUUUGGUGCAGCCUUUGCGGACGUCAGUAUUCUCUGGUACAUCUUCAUCAUCCUGAACGGCCUUCAGGGCUUCCACAUCUUUGUAAGCUUCGUCUGUACAGAUAGGGUUACGAGAUUACUCCGGGAGAAAUUGACAGGUUCUAGAGCAGAUAUUAGAACAACUUCAGCUGUGACAUCAAGCACUGAAAUCAAAUCACAAGAAGGUGAUAAAACCAGUAUCUGAUUAUAAACAUAAGCACAAAACUUUCACAGCACCAAAUCAAUGUCUCAAAGAGUCACCACAAUACUUUGAGUAUUCCAUACAAGUGGAAUUUAUACUAUAGGGAUUCUCAAAUUCUCAGAGAAAACUGUUAAAAUCAAAAGCAAAUGUCAUCUGAAGUUUACUGAGUAAAC